UAAUUGUGCUGCUGCUGCGGAGAAGCGGAGUGGAUACCGGUAACUGAUAUUGUUGCGCAGAGCUGCUGGAAGCCCGGCGGCUUAUCUCUUUUUGGUAUCUGUAGACGUAAUAUCAAGUAAGCCAAAGUUUUUAGCUCGAAAUUCCCCUCCUCUGUAAUGUCGGAACCAACUCUCACUGAUCCCAGGUGCUUUUGAGGGUCUGCAUCCUGCGCUUUUCCCGCUUGUUUUGCCCGAAGAGGAACCUUAGAGGCCUGAGGUUGGAACACUUCCGGUUUGCCGUUUAUCAGCUGUUACCUCUCAAAUACUGGAAUACCCAGGAGUAGGCUUCAUUAGAUGAUGUGUAUGAAGUGAACGUUCCCAACUUUGUUAUCAAGGUUGUCAAAGUUGUGUCAGCUUUAUCUUUCAGCUAUUUGUCCUGUUGCAAUGGGUGAACCUCAGCAAGUGAGUGCCCUCCCUCCACCUCCAAUGCAAUAUAUUAAAGAAUAUACUGAUGAAAACAUUCGGAAAGGUUUAGCUCCUAAGCCUCCACCACCUAUUAAAGAUAGCUAUAUGAUGUUUGGAAAUCAGUUCCAAUGUGAUGAUCUAAUUAUUCGACCAUUAGAAAGUCAGGGUAUUGAACGAUUGCAUCCCAUGCAGUUUGACCAUAAAAAGGAGUUAAGGAAACUUAAUAUGUCAAUCCUGGUCAACUUCUUAGAUCUCUUGGAUAUAUUAAUAAGAAGCCCAGGCAGCAUAAAAAGAGAAGAGAAACUGGAAGAUUUAAAACUGCUAUUUGUUCAUGUGCAUCACCUUAUAAAUGAAUAUCGACCUCAUCAAGCCAGAGAGACAUUGAGGGUCAUGAUGGAAGUACAGAAACGUCAGCGUCUAGAAACUGCAGAAAGAUUUCAGAAACAUUUAGACCGAGUUGUGGAAAUGAUUCAGAAUUGCUUGGCUUCUCUGCCAGAAGAUUUACCUCAUUCAGAUGGAGGGAUGAGAAUAAAAACUGAACCAAUGGACACUGAAGACAGCAUAGACUGUAUUGGAUCGAAUGAACAGCAAAGAACAACCUCUAGCAUAAAAAAAGAUCAGGUUUUGGAUAAAGAUGCUAAUAUGUGUAGCAUUAUUGAUGAAAUGACAUGAAAACAGCUUUGGGAUUUGUGAUUUUUCAGGGAAUGUAACUGAUGCUUAGGGAAUUAGAGUAUGAAGUUUCUUUUCCUUUUGCUAUUUAAGAUUUAAAAGAAGAUUUAAACAGUCAUGGAGCACAAUCUGUAUGAGUCAGUAAAUAUUAAAAAAAUUACUUGUUUAGUUUUUGCAUGUGUAUCUAUGCUUGACUUUAAAGAACAUCAGUGUUACUGAUAGCUUUACCCGUAUAUUAACUAUGCAAUUCAUCAGUAUCCAAAUUCUGUUGAUGGUCAUUUAUUGAAGUAUGGGAGAUACUUUAAGGAAUUUAAAUACAUGUGAUUCCUUGUUUAGGUUAAAUUAAAAGACAUAUGUUGUACCACAGCAACACUGUUAUGUAUACAGAGUAGAAGUGAAACAUUAAAUAUUUUUUUCUUGUUAUGAAUGUUUGUGAAUUAAAGCAACUGCUUCUGCAGAUAGGGAAGCUUGGACUAACAUUUAUUAAAAAGAAAGAAAUUCUAAACAAUUCUUUGAGAUAACUUUAUCUUUAAAAUAUUUAACACAAGAUUUGAACCAAAUUAGCCUUGUAUUUUGCAGGAUAAGCCUUAUUACUUCCCUCCGAUUAAAAUGUAACUCAAUUUUAUAGGGUUGUAAAACAGUUGUUCCUCAGAGCUUGACUGCUUCUUAAUGCUGACUUAAGUAUAAUUGAACUACUGUGUUGAAAUCUGUGUGUUUACUAAAGAACUGGAAGUAUGUAAACAUAGCAUGGCCAUAGUAUGUAUAUAUUCAACAUUUAAACCACAUACUUGAAACACUUAAAACAUUAUUUCCUGAUUUCUAAAUUUCUACACAAUCAGGAAAACUUUUUAUACAAGAUACCUUAUUUUCCGGUGUAUAAGAGGACUCGGAGUAUAAGACGACCCCCGACUUUGGAGAAGAUUUGCAUGGUUAGAAAGUCAUCUUAUAUGCUGGAAAGUACGGUAAUUACAAUUGUGGGACAAGAAAAAAUAAUACUUGCAAGAACAAAUACUAACAUACAUAUCAAAGAACAAAUUAAGUUGUAUAUGUUACAAGGUAAUGAUUUUUUUUUGUUCUUUAAAGAUUGAAUAAUUCAAUUCCCCCAAUUCCAUUAUUGUCUGGGGGAAAUGUGAGAGUGGCAGAUAUUUUUCUUUACUUCAAUCUGUAGAACUUCUACUUUGCUAGUAUGGUGUAACCAGAGGUUUGGUACUAAUUAAAAGUAUUAGUGAAAGUCA